AUGCCGUCUUUCGCUGAUCAACCAGAGGAAGUCAAGACUCGAGAGAGGAAAAGAACUCGUUAUGUAAUGAAUGAUCUUGCAGCCAUCGAAAAGUACAAAACGCGCCCUUAUAUUGCCGAAUGGCCAUAUAUGAGAUAUUAUGCCGAGGUUCCUAUCUACAGCCCAGAAAACAUUGUGAUUGGAACCUAUUGCGUGGUCGACAAUAAACCACGAUACGAAGGGUUGGAUGAUGAUGGACUUGAGAUAUUAAAUGAAAUCGCAAGAGCAAUUAUGAGACAUCUUGUACUGAUCGAGAAACAAGAUCAUUUGGAACGAGGAGAGAAAAUGGUAAAAGGCUUGGGCUUUUUUGUGGCCGGCAAGUCCAACCUAGGCGAAGAAGCCCUUCGGGAUACAUCGACUGGAGAUGAGCAAGACGAUAUGAUUCGUUCUAUAACGAUAUGUGGUGAGGUUUUGCUAGAUACCAUGGAUCACAUCCUAGAUUAUGCGAAAAUUGCAAAUAAAGGGGAAACCAAGGACAUGAAAGAUCUUCCUGUGCAAUCCAACGGCCCAAAUACGAAUUUUGACCUUAGCAACCUCAUUGAGACUGUCGUUGAGGGGGUUUCCGCCGCACAAAGCUUUCGACAAUUAACCUUCGAGGGUCCACUUUCUAUUGAUACUAAUGGCCUAGAUAUGAAUUUCAAUGAGAAUGGUCUGUCAGAUAGUGUUGUGAUCAUUUUGGAAAUCGAUUGGCAAACCUCAUGGGCAUUCAAUUCUCAAAUAAGUAGCUGGAGAAGGAUUUUCAUUAACCUUUUCCAAAAUGCAUUGAAGUACACUGAGUUUGGAUACGUCCAUGUUCGCUUAACAGCGCACCAGUCUAUUGAUGGCCCAGUGGUGAAAUUAUCUAUCAUAGAUUCUGGGAAAGGAAUAUCGAAUGAUUAUUUGAAAUACGAACUAUGGACUCCUUUUGUACAAGAAGAUCCUAUGAGUAUUGGUACAGGACUAGGUCUCAGUAUUGUUGGUAAAUUAGUCCAGGAACUCGACGGGACAAUUGAUAUAUUAAGCACAGUUGGUACGGGUACAGCCGUUCAAGUGGAAAUUCCUGUUGAGCAUUCAAUACCAUCUGAUGAAGACGAAGAGACUGAAAGUAAUAAAUUGAUUCGGGAGACAAGAGAACGCUGUCGCGGCCUUUCGAUGUGUCUUCUGGGGCUUGACAACUAUCCCGACCCUUGCGAGAUUCCCACAGAUGCUCCGUCUGCAAAGGAAAGGAGGAUGACUGCGAUCAAAUCUGCAUUGAUAAACUAUGCUGGUGAUUGGUUUGGAAUGGUUAUACGGAAAGCUUGCUCUGGCUUUUGUACUGAUGGUGUUAUUUUUGUUUGUUUGAAAUCACAACUUCAAUACGCGGACCGCACCAGACACAAGCCUUUGAUUGUGUUCGAGGAUAAUAUGGGAAUAUCAAAUAAAGAAGAGGGUGUUUUCUAUUUGACACAACCUGCCGGCCCUUUCAAACUAGCAAGAAUAUUAGGGCAAUGCAUCGACUAUCUACACUCUGUAGGCUUUUUACCAAACAUCAUUGAGCGAUCCAGCAUGUCAUCCAGAGUACCAUCCAGCACAGGCUCACCUCUAUUGCUCACGCCACCUGCGAAUGGAUAUCCGGAUUCUAAGAAUAUUGAAGCAUGCCGAAAAAGUGUUAAUGAUGAGGGAAGACCAAGCUUAGAUUCACGUCAGAACUCAAGCGAAUCUACCGAGUCGGCGAGACCUAAAUUCGAUUCACGUAAACAUUCGAGUGAAUCUACAGACUCGGCGGUGGAUAUGAGAACAAGUGAAGAGUCUAUCGUGACUUAUCAUUCGUUUCCUUUUCCGGCAGCAUUGCCACCACGAUUGAGGAACGAAAGCGAGGUGCAUAGGCUGGAUAAUUUAGAGAAGUCGAAUGGAGAGCCCGUGGUACUCGACAAGACUGGUUUUUCUAAAACAACCGCAAAUUCAGAUAGGGUUACGGAUUUAGAGAAGUCAUUGUCUGUUCUUCAGAAGCCCAUAGUAUCUGACGAGAAUAUUCUACUGGAAGCCUCCCCAGCUUUGGAGAAGCUUGCCGUUGUUGAGAAGCCUAUAGCCAUUGAAAAAGCUACAAUCGUUGAGAAGGCUCCAAUCACCCAAGAUGCUACAAUUUGCGAAAAGCCUAUUGUGCCCGAGAAACCUGCAGUCCUGCAAAUCGUUGAAUCAGAACCUUCAAUCACACCCACCACGAAGAAGUCUGCGCGUACAGUGAUUCUUCUUGUCGAGGACAACGUAAUCAACUUAAAAGUGCUUGUCCAUAGCAUGAAGAAAUUAAAGGAGGAAUAUGACACCGCAUCAAAUGGUCUGCAGGCAUUUGAAAAAUAUAAAAAAGCACCGGAGAUUUUCAAAAUCAUAAUUAUGGACAUCUCUAUGCCCAUAAUGGACGGUCUAACCUCGACACGUCAUAUCCGCGAAUACGAAAGCACGCAUGGAUUAAGUAGAGUGAGAAUCGUAGCAUUAACAUGUUUUGGAACGGAAGAACAUAGGAGGGAUGCGGCGAUGAGUGGUGUGGAUUUGUUCUUGACUAAACCGAUUCAUUUGAAAUCUUUGAAGCCGGUUGUGGAUUUGGAUCCAGAGGGUGUGAAGGGUGGGGUGAUGGGGGAGAGUAGUUUUAAUGCAAUUCCUCUCUGCGAGCAGACUGGAAUGUCGAGAGCUCACCGGGAGUUCCGGGCGCGAACGGAUACUGCUUCCGGAGCGGUUUAUAUCCAUCCUACACCAUCUGCAAAAGAUAAUAUACCAGGAUACAUAGCUUUAUUACAACAAAAGCCACCUCCAGAUUCCCGUCCUACUUCGUCUUCUUCUAAAGAUGCAAAAUCGAGAACGGCCGCUUCCUUACUUCUCGCAUGGCUUCCCGAAUCAUCUCUCGGGGAUGCCCUGAAUACAUAUGUGAAAGUAGAUCUUUCAGAAGGUGAUUCUCCACCAAGACAAUCAUAUCUCGUACCGCCUCCUCCGACCACCACUACCCAUUCCGGCUCCAUCGGACAUUAUGCCUUUGCGAUACCCGUCUCGCAGAUCUACAGUCUUCUCGUACGUCCACCGAGUUUAGGAUGGUGGUUCGGAAGUGUGGUUAUAAAUUCUCGAGCGGGAGAUUCUUUUCCUGCGCUAUUUUUUCACGAUUCGGAAUGCCAGUCUACUAUUUUACAGAAGAAGAAGAGGACGCGGGAAUCGUUUGAUCCAUUUGGGGCAAAUGGGGAGAUGUUUUGGGGUGGCGAUGAAGUAUUGAGAUGGCUGAGACGAUAUGUGGAAAUUGAGAGAAGUGGUGCUGAACCGAAUAUUUACUUGGUGGAACCGUCGGCUGAAGAUAAAGAAGCGUUUGGAGACAAACCAGUUACAUCUGCGCCGGUGAGGAGCCCGACGAGCAGUGGCGCUCGAGUUGGUGGUGCUGCUGGUGCAAGCUCGAGUACAUAUAGAAGUGCGCAGAGAGAUGCGGGGAUGGAUCCAGUUACAAAGUUUGUCAAGGAAGCGGGGUGGAAUCUCAUGGAGAAGUUUAGCAAGGUUACAACAUUUACGAGGAGGACGGCCGAUUCGAUUGUCGAAAACCCGAAAAUCCCUCCACAGGUUAGGAGAUUCAUGAAGAAUCCGGAAGUUCAAACCAUACAAGAGGAGUUUGAUAGUGCGAGGAUAUACUUGGCGCGAUGGGCUAUGGGUAUUGCAGAACAGAGUGAGAGGGAUAGAAAUCAAAGGAUAUGGACGGCCAGGGAUGUUUUAGAGAUGGAGGAAACAGAUGUCGGCGAUUUUGAGUUGUUGGAAACUGAGAUGGGUUCUUUAACUAUGAAAGAACAGAGAAAAACAGUCACAUUGAGGGAAUGGAACAAGUUUUUUGAUCAGAGGUCCGGCAGAUUAUCAGUCACAGUCGAUGAGGUCAAAGAAAGGAUAUUUCACGGCGGACUAGAUCCAGAUGAUGGAGUUAGAAAGGAGGCUUGGUUAUUCUUACUUGGCGUUUACGAGUGGGAUUCUUCAGCAGACGAAAGAAAAGCCGUGAUAGCAGCCUUACGGGAUGAAUAUGUCAAAUUAAAGGAUAUGCUUCUCACUUAUAACGAAUAUAAUCGUGAUCUCGGAUAUGUACAAGGCAUGUCAGAUCUUCUCGCUCCAAUAUAUGCCGUCAUGCAAGACGAUGCUAUCGCUUUCUGGGGCUUCCAACACUUCAUGGAACGCAUGGAACGUAACUUUCUUCGCGAUCAAUCUGGCAUGCGUUCUCAACUUCUUACACUCGAUCACCUUGUUCAACUUAUGGAUCCUAAACUUUAUCUUCAUCUUCGAAGUGCAGAUAGUACCAAUUUCUUUUUCUUCUUCCGCAUGUUACUCGUUUGGUAUAAACGUGAAUUUGCAUGGUUAGAUGUUUUACAUCUUUGGGAGGUUUUAUGGACGGAUUAUUUGAGCUCAGGGUUUCAUCUAUUUAUUGCUUUGGCAAUUUUAGAGAAACAUAGGGAUGUUAUUAUGACGCAUUUGCAACAUUUUGAUGAAGUAUUAAAAUAUGUCAAUGAACUAUCAAAUCAAAUAGAUUUGGAAUCUACGCUUGUUCGCGCCGAGGCAUUAUUUCGUCGCUUUCAAAGAACAGUCGAGGCCAUUGAUAGGAAGUCGAGUUUUCCAAAACCAUCAAUUAGACACCGUGGUACACAAAGUACAUCUCAAGUCUCGGAGCCCUCUAAUUCUUCCGGUGCAACUAGUGGUGCGGAUACAGGAAGUGGACAAAUUGAAGGUGCGAGGAGAGAUAAGGGAAAGAAACCGAAUGGAGAAUUGGAGGUGUCGGAAAAACCAAAGGUUAUUAGUAAGGAAUUGAGGGAUUUGUUAAGUAGGAAGGUGGUGGUUUUACCGAGGAAGUUGGUUAGGAGGGAAGGGGAGGGGUUGGCGAAGGUACAGAAAUAA